AUUUUUAUUUAAUAAUUAUAUAAGUAUUAGAAUUAACAAAAUUAGUAACUAAAACAUUAGUGGUAGUACAAACAAGAAAUCAAUCAAUUACACAAAUAAUUAGAUUAGGAAGAUUAUUUUUGGAAUAUUUCUAAACAGAUUCUAAAAAUGUUAUUUUAUUUUAUUAAACCAUAAAUAUGGCUAAUAUCGUUAAGUGUUGCUUUAACCCAACGAAUAUAUCCGAUAUUGUUGAAACUGUAGUGCAAAAAUGUACAGAUCCCGGAUGUUGUUGCGGUUGCUGCAGUGCCCUUAGGCCUAGAUACAAACGAUUAGUUGAUAAUAUAUUCCCCGCUUCACCUCAAGAAGGGUUAAUAAAAGGCAAUUUGGAAAAGCUAACGUUCUAUUCGUUGAGUUCUCCAGAAAAAUUAGAUCGUAUAGGUGAUUAUUUAUAUCAGAAAGCUGCAAGGGAUAUAUCUCGAAAAAGAUAUGGCUUUGUUAUUAUUGCAAUGGAGGCUAUGGACCAACUUCUUCACGCCUGUCACUCUCAACAACUUAAUUUAUUUGUGGAAAGUUAUUUAAAAAUGAUACAAAAACUUUUAGAAUCAACCGAACCUGAAUUACAAAUUUUGGCAACUCUAUCAUUUGUUAAAUUUGCCAACAUUGAAGAAGAUACCCCAUCGUAUCAUAGAAGAUAUGACUUUUUUGUUAGUAAAUUCUCUUCAAUGUGUCACAGUGGGGCUCAAGGGGAUAAUAGAAAUAGAAUUCGCGUGGCGGGAAUUCAGGGUUUACAGGCUGUGGUUAGAAAAACUGUUUCUGAUGAUUUAGUGGAAAACAUUUGGAAACCAGUUCAUAUGGACAAAAUCGUGCCCAGUUUACUUUUUAAUAUGCAGGAAUCAAGUUUUUAUUUAAAGGAACCGAAUAGCACCGAUAUUAUCCCUGAAGAUCAUGCGAAUGAUCCUCCAAUGCUUGCGGAAACUUGCUUACGCGAAUUGGUGACACGAGCAUCGUUUGGGCAUAUUCGAGCGGUUUUAAGACCCGUUUUAAAACAUUUUGACUUGCACAAGUUAUGGGUUCCAAAUCAAUUUGCAAUCCAUACGUUUCGAAUCAUCAUAUUUUCAAUUCAAGCUCAGUAUUCAUAUACUGUUGUGGAAAGUUUAAUGGCUCAUCUGGAUGAAAACUCGAAAUCAAGUCCGAAAAUACGAACGAGUAUCGUCGAUGUUCUUUCAAAAAUAAUAGCAAUAGCGGCAGGGGAAAGUGUUGGUCCUAGCGUCCUGGAAAUCAUCAAUUCUUUACUCAGUCACUUAAAAGAUUCCGUUAAAAACCCGAUAAGUCAAGCUGAAGAAAAAAUGUAUCAAGAGGCUUUAAUAAACGCGCUGGGUGAAUUCGCUAAUCAUCUACCAGAUUAUCAAAAAAUUGAAAUUAUGAUGUUUAUAAUGAAUAAGAUUCCGUUCCCGUUGGUUGAAAAUCGAUCUCCGGCGGAUAACUUAUUACAGAGCAUUUUAUUGAAAAGUUUAUUAAAAGUUGGGACGAAAUAUCAAACGAUUCAAUUGAAUAAUACUUUUCCGGUUUCGUUUUUGGAACCUUUGUUGAGAAUGUCUUUGGCUCCGGAUCCUGAGAUGAGAUUGUUGGUACAAAAAAUUCUUCAUACUUUAAUUGAUCGACAUAGUAAUUUGGAAAAAUUAACUAAACCAAUUGUAAACGUUGAAAAAAUACAAUUAACUAUCGAAAAAACUUCAAGACCUGAUCUUAUUUUUAUUAAUAAACACGGUCCUGUUAUUUAUGACGCCCUUUAUACAAGUUUACAAAUGGAUUCGAAUGGGGUUGAAAAUAUUGAAGCGGUGUAUACGACUUUAGCUCUGUUAUAUGUUGAAUUAUCAAGUACAGAAACGGCUAUUGACAUAUUACAGCUGAUUCUUGGGAUCCAAAGUCUCGCAUUAAACAGUACAGUUUUAACGAACGAUCUAAAACAUAAUCUACAUUCAAUCGUGAUCAGUUUGUUAGCAUUGGUUGCAGAUGAAUUAGCAAUAAAAGAGUUAAAAGAUUACUCAAAAAAAUUAGUAGCCGCUCGAAAACAGGAUGCACCUCAUUUACUUCCAGAUUUAUUAGAACGUUACCCAGCCAAUUGCGAAUUAGCGAAUAAACUUCCACACUUACUAAUUGACCAAAUGGCAAUAUGCGAAUAUUUAAAAGCGGGCGGUUUAGAUCCAACCCGAUUGGCACAAACGUCACCAUAUGGUGCUGGGGCACCGGGUACGUCUUCGGGAAUGCAAAGACAUAGUUGGGUUGAAUUAAGUGCUAGAAAUAGCGUUGCGGAAUUGGGUAAUGUUGAGAUUGAUAGUGCGAAUAGUUCACCUGGAGUUCAAAAGAAAUUGCCAGAAGAAGCGUUAACUUUUGAAAGUAUGAAAAAAGUGUUAACAGAACAAACGGAUUCUAAAAAAGAACAGGAAGCAGAACGGCGAGAACAGAUAAGUCAUACAUUUAGGACAGCACCUUUUUCAGAAUUGGUUCGAAAAACACAACCAAAACAUGAUGCUCUUCAAAGUAAAUUAAAUGAAAUUUUUAAAUCGUUAUCAGUAAACGAAGGUCAUAGGAGUCCAACAGAUAGAAAGAAUAAUGUUCCGGUUUAUGAACAAAACUUUCCCGAACUGUUUGUGCAUUAAAAAUAAAAAGCAAUAAUUAAUUAACUAAAUUUAAUUAAUAAUUGAUAUAAUACGUAAUACUAACAAAAUUGAAAAAGCGCCGUUGCGCCGCUUGAAACCUCUUUAAAUAAUACUGUUUAAAGUAUACCAUUUAAAAGAGAUUUGUUAUUUUGUUGUUUUGGGUAGAACGUAUGUAACAUAAAAUACAAUAGUUUUAUGUUAUUUUACUCUUCCUCUCUAUUUAAAUUUUUCUUUUAUAUUUUUUAUGGAAUAAUUAGGUAUCUUGUUAUAUAUUUAUCUAUUUUGUGAUUGGAAAUAAAUCUAUGUGAUAUAAAAUAAA